AUGGAUGGAUGCUUGUCGAAACCUGUGUAUGCCCCUCACUGUGCUACGACGCCCUCCAAAAUCUGGAUGACUCUCUGUCAUCUUCUUAGUUUUGAAAUUUAUCAGAUAUUCCUCAAGAAAACUAUUGUUGGGGAGAUGCCCAAGAAAGGUUAUAAAGAAAAGGGAACGAUUGACAGAAGAAGAAGAAGAAGAAGAAGAAGAAGAAGAAGAAGAAGAAAAACAAACAAGGAAUAUAA